CGACACCAACCACCUAACAACACACCAAGGUAGAUCGACGACCUUUCGCACUCGCCAUGCCUCCCAAGUUCGACCCCAAUGAGGUGAAGAUCAUCCACCUUCGUGUGACAGGUGGUGAGGUCGGAGCCCAGUCUGCUCUGGCUCCUAAGAUCGGUCCUCUCGGUCUGUCUCCCAAGAAGAUCGGUGAAGAUAUCGCUAAGAACACUGGCGACUGGAAGGGUCUCCGUGUUACCGUCCGUCUCACCAUCCAGAACCGUCAGGCUCAGGUUUCGGUUGUGCCCUCCGCCUCUUCCCUUGUCAUCAAGGCUCUCAAGGAGCCUCCUCGUGACCGCAAGAAGGAGAAGAACAUCAAGCACACCAAGUCCAUCCCCUUCGACGAGAUUGUUGAGAUUGCCCGUAAGAUGCGCUCUCGCUCUCUCGCCAAGGAGCUCAAGGGUACCGUCCUUGAGAUCCUCGGUACUGCUUUCUCCGUCGGCUGCAAGGUCGAUGGCCGCAGCCCUAAGGACGUCAGCGACGACGUCAAGUCUGGCGAGAUUGACGUUCCCUCCGAGUAAACAAUGGUCUUGAUUCUUAUGGCGUUCGUCAAUAUGUAUUGGGAUGCUAGCUACAGCGAAUAGGAUCAUUGCUUCUACCGGUCAAAAAAAAGGUUUACGAUUCAUGACUUUAGGAUUCCCACUCGCGCUUUCAAUGUGAUUUUUCACGUUUCUUUCAUCGGAUACGGUAAUCUUCGCUAUCUUGAAUGCUUUGCCUGGCUUGGCCAUCGCUCGAAUUUGAGCGGUGAAACCGCAUGCCCAAGGUACCUUUGCAACACUCUGGCUCUUACCGUUCUUUCCCGCCUCCGGGCCUGGAUUGAACAACUACCUCGUGGUAUAGGCUUAUUUUGCGCAAAGGAGAUCAACGACCCUCUACUCACCGCGGUGUUCUCGGACGAAGCAAGCUUCGUCCCGUGGAUACAGUGGUCCAUUUCAUCGGUCUACAUACUCGUAAAAAAUACCAUUUAGCUUGUGCAACAGGUAGACUUCGAUUAGAUAUAGACUUAAUAUCUCAUUUAA